AUGAAGAUGAGACGCUACAAGCUCUUUCUCAUGUUCUGUAUGGCAGGCCUGUGCCUCAUCUCCUUCCUGCACUUCUUUAAGACCCUGUCCUAUGUCACCUUCCCCCGAGAACUGGCCUCCCUCAGCCCUAACCUCGUGUCCAGCUUCUUCUGGAACAAUGCCCCAGUCACGCCCCAGGCCAGCCCCGAGCCCGGCAGCCCUGACCUGCUGCGUACCCCGCUCUACUCCCACUCGCCCCUGCUCCAGCCGCUGUCCCCGAGCAAGGCCACCGAGGAGCUCCACCGGGUGGACUUCGUGCUGCCCGAGGACACCACCGAGUACUUCGUGCGCACCAAAGCCGGGGGCGUCUGCUUCAAACCUGGAACCAAGAUGCUGGAGAGGCCGCCGUCGGGGCGGCCCGAGGAGAAGCCCCAGGCGGCCAAUGGCUCCUCGGCCCGGCGGCCCCCGCGGAAGCUGCUGAGCGCCGGCCGGGAGCGCGCGGGCAGCCGGGGCGCGCGGCGCAAGUGGGUGGAGUGCGUGUGCCUGCCCGGCUGGCACGGGCCGAGCUGCGGCGUGCCCACCGUGGUGCAGUACUCCAACCUGCCCACCAAGGAGCGCCUGGUGCCGCGCGACGUGCCGCGCCGCGUCAUCAACGCCAUCAACGUCAACCACGAGUUCGACCUGCUGGACGUGCGCUUCCACGAGCUGGGCGACGUGGUGGACGCCUUCGUGGUGUGCGAGUCCAACUUCACGGCCUACGGCGAGCCGCGGCCGCUCAAGUUCCGCGAGCUGCUGACCAACGGCACGUUCGAGUACAUCCGCCACAAGGUGCUGUACGUCUUCCUCGACCACUUCCCGGCCGGCGGCCGCCAGGACGGCUGGAUCGCCGACGACUACCUGCGCACCUUCCUGACGCAGGACGGCGUGUCGCGGCUGCGCAACCUGCGGCCCGACGACGUGUUCAUCAUCGACGACGCGGACGAGAUCCCCGCGCGCGACGGCGUGCUCUUCCUCAAGCUCUACGACGGCUGGACCGAGCCCUUCGCCUUCCACAUGCGCAAGUCGCUGUACGGCUUCUUCUGGAAGCAGCCGGGCAGCCUGGAGGUGGUGUCGGGCUGCACGGUGGACAUGCUGCGGGCCGUGUACGGGCUGGACGGCAUCCGCCUGCGCCGGCGCCAGUACUACACGCUGCCCGCCUUCCGCCACUACGAGAACCGCACCGGCCACAUCCUGGUGCAGUGGUCGCUCGGCAGCCCGCUGCACUUCGCCGGCUGGCACUGCUCCUGGUGCUUCACGCCCGAGGGCAUCUACUUCAAGCUCGUGUCGGCCCAGAACGGCGACUUCCCCCGCUGGGGCGACUACGAGGACAAGCGCGACCUCAAUUACAUCCGGAGCCUGAUCCGCACCGGGGGCUGGUUUGACGGCACCCAGCAGGAGUACCCGCCCGCCGACCCCAGCGAGCACAUGUACGCCCCCAAGUACCUGCUCAAGAACUACGACCAGUUCCGCUACCUGCUGGACAACCCCUACCAGGAGCCCAAGGGCACGGCCGAGGGCGGCGGGCGGAACAGGGGCCCCGAGGGCAGGCCGCCCGCCCGGGGCAGACUGAACGCGGUGGCCGGCUGA